AGGGGUUGUGCCAUACACCAUAUCCAAGCCGAGGAGACGGGAGAAAAAAGAAGGAAAAAAAAAAAAGAAAAAAAGGAGAUUCAUAUCGACGGAGGAAAUGUUUGUCCCGCAAGUGUUGCUAAAGCGAAAAUUGGACGGCCGAGAUGAAGGCAAGGAAGUCGGAUCCCAUGCUAAGCGUACCUCGGCGGCGGGGUGUUCAUCUGAACGGAGGCGGCAACAACAGCGCCACGGUGGACAUGGCGGCUUUGAACCAACAUCAUCAUCAUCAUCAUCAUCAAGAACAGGACCAGGAACAGAACCAAGAACAGGAACGGGAACAGGAACAGGACCAAGAUCAGAAUCAAGACCACCAGCAGAACCAGGAGCAGAAAUAACAACAGGAGGAGGAAGAGGAGGAGGAGCAACAGCAGCAGUCUUACUUCGCCAGAAUGGAAGUGGCGGCGUUGGAUGUGAUGAGAGAUCGGACAGAAAGAUCGACGGUGGAAAUCCGGUGGCGCUGGUUGGUCGACAUGAAGGAGCAACUACACCUAAUCCUGGUUCUGGUCGUGAUUCUGGUCCUGGUGCUGAUUCUGAUCCUGGUCCUGGUGCUGCUGGCAGCGAUGUGUGCAACAGCCGUGAUGGUACACGGGUGGCUGCUGGGACAUCAUCACUGCAGAAGACUGCUAUGCAUCGGCAUGGAGUGCAAGAUGCAUCUGCUGCUGUUGGCGUUAGGGAUUGUGGAAAUUAUGAAGAGAGGGGUGGUUGUGCUGUUGGGGAGGGAGAAAUUAGGAGUGACGGCGAUGGUGGUGGUCCUGGCGGAGGAGGAGGAGGAGGAGGAGGAGGAGGAGGAGGAGGAGUUGAAGGCAUUUCGAGCCGAGGGGGUGAUGGUGAUGGUGAUGAUGAUGGGAAUGCCGACGAUGGUUCUCUGGGAGAGGUAGUGAUAAAGGGAGAGGGGGAUUCAUCGCCGGCGGUGGUUGCGAGGAGCUUCCAUCAGCGAGCCGCCUUGCCCGGCGAGCCUGUCUGCGUCGUUUGCGGCAAGUAUGGGGAGUAUAUCUGUGAUCAGACGGAUGAGGACGUGUGCAGCUUGGAGUGCAAGGCUGUUGUGCUUGAGCGAUGUCAACAACAAAACCCUAACCCUAAUUCGAUUGGUGGGGGGUGGAGGGGUUGUCCGCAGUUGGCUCCGCCGCCGCCAUCACAGGUCGUAGAGAUCGCGAUGCCCGACGAGGUCAGCAGGCCGGCGGCUGCGCUUCCUCCUCCACAUACGACGACGAUACUACCUGUCCGCCGCCCACGUGGCGCGGGCGGCUGCGAUGAUAGUCCAGCCCACGUGGCGCAGGCUCAGGGGAUGGUGGAGAUGAGGAAGAUAAAGGCAAAGCGGGGAGGUGGAGAAGAAGAAGGAGAAGGGGAGGAAGAAGAUAAGGAUAAGAAGGGUUCGGCUGGUGCCGCCAUCCGCCCCGUUGAUGACCUCGAUUGGCGCCUUGAUGAUUCUCUGUUGACGUCCGACGAACACGUGGCGGCCGUCCGCCGCUCCGCUGGCGUGUCUGUUAGCGGGCGCGACGCGCCAAAACCCAUCUUGGAUUUUGCCGCCUGUCGCUUUCCCGCCAAAUUGAUGGUCAAUCUAGAAGCCCUUGGGUACGACUUCCCAACGCCUAUUCAGAUGCAGGUGAUACCUGCGGCGCUGAGAGGGCGCCACGUGGUCGCCCGUGCGCCCACCGGGUGCGGUAAGACCGCUGCCUUCCUGUUGCCCCUCCUGGCGCGCAUUGCUGUCCGCCGCCAUCACCGCCGCCGCAUAAACAAGGACGACGAAGAGGGGGGGGGGGGGCAGCGGGAGGAGGAGAAGGAGCAGCAGCAGGAGGAGGAGGAGGAGGAGUUCCCAAGUGACUGGUGCCCGUCGGCUGUGGUCUUGUCUCCUACUCGUGAGCUCGCCGCCCAGAUUGAGGACCAAGCCAAGGCCCUCUCGAGAGGGCUAGCUAUUAAGACCGCCUUGGUGGUGGGUGGAGAUCCCCUCCCCAAUCAAAUCUAUCGAAUAAGACAAGGAGCUCAUCUCAUCAUCGCGACGCCUGGCAGGCUGAUUGAUCUGCUGACAAAGCAUGAUGUGCCCUUGACAUCCGUCUCUUCGCUUGUCCUGGAUGAAGUGGACGUGAUGUUGCAGAUGGGUUUUCGAGAGCAGGUGGAGAUGGUGGUCAGGGCUUUGUAUCGACCGCAGAUCUUGGUCUUCUCUGCGACCAUACCUCCUUCCACCGAACGACUCGUUGCGGCGAUCGCGUGUGAUCCGCUUCACGUCACUGUCGGUGACAAAACUCGGUCUUCUAUCAGUGAUUCCGUUAAGCAGACCGUUAUCUGGGUAGAGAAUAAGGACAAGAAGAAGAAGCUUUUGGAGAUUUUGGCAUCCGAUAAACACUUUCAUCCGCCUGCCAUCGUCUUCGUCGAGUCGAAGUUGGGAUCUGAGAUGCUGGCUGCGACCGUGGGGAAAGCGACAGGCCUGCAGGUCGCCGCAAUGCACGGGGACAAGUCGAUGUCCCAACGGAGGGAGGUGGUGAGAGCUUUCAUGCUAGGCCAGGUAGCUUUGGUCGUCGCGACCGGGGUGAUGGGUCGGGGUCUCGACCUGAUGGGAGUGGGACAGGUCAUCGUCUUCGACAUGCCGCAGAGCGUGCGGGAGUACGUCCACUGGGUAGGGAGAGUGGGAAGGAUGGGCGCAACAGGUCACGCCAUCGCGUUCAUCAACAAUGAUAAUCGAAAGCUGUUUACUGACUACAUACAGCUUCUGCGAGAUUGCAAGGUGGUAGUGCCACGUCAGCUGGAGAAUUCCCCGUAUGUUCACUCUUCCUACGCUCUUGUCGCCGUUAGCUCACGGAGCAGGAGGAAAGGCGAGUGGAACAAGGCAGGAUCAUGAUCAUGAGAGGUUGAUUAGGCUUCCACAAUGGUGUGCGGGUGUA